AUGGCAAUCCGGUCAGCGCGGUUGAACACUGGUAACCUAGGAGGCCGGUUCUGGAAUACCAUCCGCGAGAAUUGGUAUCUAGGCUUCACUUCCUUUGGAGGACCCCCCGUUCACUUCAAGAUCUAUCAAGAGCUGUUCAGUGUCUGCCAAGCCUUCUCAGGACCUGGAAGCACCAAGAUGCACUACUGCAUCAACCUCAUCCAUGACGGCUUUCUCCCAGCGCUUCUAGGCUUUCUGAUUUGGAGUCUCCCCGGAGCUCUUGGUAUGUACGGACUUUCCAUCGGAGUCUCUAAUAUCGGUGACUCCCUCCCACGAGCUGUCUAUGCCCUCUUGUCUGGUCUGAACGCUGCUACUGUCGGUAUCAUCGUUCUCGCAGCGGUUCAGCUAUCAGAAAAAGCCGCCACCGAUACCAUGACGCGGAUCCUAGUUUUCCUAGGCGCCGCGGCCGGACUUAUGUAUAAUGCGCUCUGGUAUUUCCCCUUGCUGAUGUUCUUGGCGGGCUUGGCAACCGUUGCGCAUGACUUUCGCUGGCUCCACGGGCCUGUCAGAGCUAUCGCCGCAAUGUUCAAGAGGGAGGCCAGACAUUCAUCGGAAGAUGCUGUUGAAAUGCAGAUUCAGCAAGAGGCAGCUGCAAGAAGUGGUCAUGACGAAUCUUCCACUGGACAGGAUGGCAACCAGUCGAUUCACGAACGUGGAACACUCCCAGUUUCUGAGCAGGACGCGUCGACAGCCGAAGAAGAGCCUCGAGUGGUACCUCAAGAAAGGCGUCUCAACAUCGGCUGGAAGUUUGGACUGUCUCUUAUCAUUCUCUUCCUAAUCUCUUUCGUCGUGGUCAUGGUCCUCCGUGGAACGUUGCCGAAUAAGCCACUCUUGUACAGCCUCUUCGCCAACAUGUACCUGGCGGGUACGAUCAUUUUCGGAGGAGGGCCAGUGGUGAUUCCUCUCCUCCGAGAAUACAUCGUCGCCGAGAACUGGGUCAGCCCGCGAGACUUUCUCAUCGGUCUCGCCCUCAUUCAAGCCUUUCCAGGGCCGAAUUUCAACUUUGCGGUAUAUCUUGGGAGUCUCACCGCUAUCAACGGUGGCUUUAACUCUGCCGCCGGCGCCAUCCUCGGCUUUCUGGGUAUGUUUGUUCCUGGGUUGAUUACGGUUCAUGGAACAAUGGGCGUCUGGGGGGCGAUACGUGGAUGGAGAUGGGUCAAGUCGUCGCUGAGAGGAGUCAACGCCGCUGCUGUUGGCCUCAUUUACACAGCAGUAUAUCGUCUUUGGCAGAUUGGAUACAUCGAUCAAGGAUUUCAGCAGGGCACCAGUCUUGCUGUGGAGCCUUGGUGGGUUGUUGUGACGGCUACGAGUUAUGUGGGUGGCUAUUGGUUUCGAGUCAGUCCGCCUGUGGCCAUUGUCACAGGAGCUAUCAUGGGUCUCAUUUGGUAUGGUGUUGUGUCUGGUUGA